AUGCGUCUCUCCUCCGACCUCCGCCUGACCUCCGCCGCCCUUCUCGUCGCCUCGUCCCAAGCCCUCGCGGCCUCCUUCUCCCUUCUACACGACUACUCUGGCGCAAACUUCUUUGACGGUUGGGAUUUCAAAGAUGGUUUUGACGACACCACCAACGGCGACGUGAACUACCUCGGCCAAAGCCAAGCGUCCAGCUCUGGCCUCGCUGUCAUCCAAAACAACCAGGCCAUCCUCAAGGUCGACAACUCCACCUUCGUCCCCUUCAACCAGAAACGCAACUCGGUCUUCCUCACCACCCACGAGUUCUUCCAGCUCGGCUCCGUCUUCGUCUUCGAUGCCGCCCAUAUCCCCGCAGGCUGCUCCGUCUGGCCCUCCUUCUGGACCCGCGGGCCUAACUGGCCCAGCGGUGGCGAGAUCGACGUCCUCGAGAACGUCAACCUCGCGACCAACAACCAGAUGACGCUCCACACCAACCCCGGCUGCACCCAGGCGAGCGGCGUCACCCAACUCGGCAAGACGAGCGGAUCGGACUGCUCCCUCGGCGCCAACUCCUCUCAGGGCUGCACCGUAGUCGAGAGUCAGUCCAACAGCUUCGGAUCCGGGUUCAACACCGCAGGGGGAGGCGUGUGGGCGACCCAGUUCGAUGACUCCGGCAUCUUCGUCUGGUUCUGGACUCGGGACGCAGUCCCCUCUACCGUUUCAAGCGCGACGGACUCAAUCGACCCCUCGACCUUCGGCACGCCCUCCGCCGCCUGGCCAUCUUCGAGCUGCAACAUUUCGCAGUUCUUCACUCCUCAGCAGCUCGUUCUCGACAUCACCCUCUGCGGCGACUUCGCCGGCACGCCCUCCGUCUACACCCAGACCUGCGGCUCCCCGGGCGAGCAGGCGAACACGAGCAGCUGCUACGUCGAGAACGUGAUCAACAACGGCUCCGCCGCGGACAGCUUCUACGCCGAGGCGUACUUCGCGAUCAACUACGUCAAGGUCUUCUCCUCGGGCGCCGCGCCCCUCGACCCCGUCGUCUCCGGCUCGAGCACGCUCGGCCUCACGUCCAUCACCGACUCGUUCGCGACCGGCACCGGCACCGCCGCCUCGGGCGCGACCUCGGGCUCGACGAAGGCCGCGGGCAGCGGGGGCAGCGGUGCGGUGCCGCUCCUCGCCCCCGGUGGGUGGGGCGCAGCGAUCGCGGCGGUCGUCGGCGCGCUGGGCGUCGCUGCGCUUCUCGGGCCCCUCUGA